AUGGGCGUCACCGUGGCCGCUUUCACCAACCUCUCGAUCCAGACCGUCUUCUGGCAACAGAUGACCGUUGAUCUCGAUGUGUCUAUCAACCAACUCAGCAACGCACAGUCCGCUCAGCUUGCAGGUCUUGCCACAGGCUGCAUUUUCUUCAUUCCGUUCACGAUCAAGUAUGGUCGUCGCUUGACGUACUUAGUUUCCACAGCGAUCCUUGCUGCAGCAGCGUGGUGGACAUCUUCAAUGCAUUCAUACGCAGAACUUAUUGCCACAGCUGUUAUCACGGGACUAGCUGGCGCUAUAAACGAGACUGCGGUGCAAAUGACUAUUGCCGAUAUCUUCUUCGUUCACCAGCGAGGCUCUGCCAACGGUCUCUACUUUACUGCCGGAUGGCGCUGGUCAUACUACGCCCUCUCUAUCUCUCUGACCGUUCUCUUCUUCAUAUUUGUUUUCUUGUAUGAAGAGACUAAAUAUGUUCCCAUAAGCCUCGGCGAAAGCGAGCUUACAGACGACAACUCACCGAUGGGCGAGAAUGAUAUGGCAAAAGUCAGAAGCCUUGAUAAAGGCGGUCUGGAGCUGAACUACAUGCGGUCCAAUCCCGCUACGAAUAUCCCAAUGAAUUCUUACCGCGAACGCAUGCGAUUAUUGACACCAACCUCGGAAUCCUUACUGCGAGUUUUUAUCUUGCCACUUCAUUUUGCAUCCGGUGUUUGCUGGCUGGUACUGUUCAUGUCGGUUGUAUCCGUCGUCUUUUCUGCGCCCCCCUACAAUUUCAACACUGCAGCAAUCGGAUACAUGAACCUCGGACCUUUUGUUGGAAACAUUUUCGGCAGUAUUUACGGUGGACCUUUAGCAGACUGGACAGUUUUGCGCUUGGCUAAGAGGAACGGGGGCGUUUUCGAGCCGGAAAUGCGCCUGUAUCCCUUAUUUCUACCCGUGAUCACGAUGGCUGGUGGUAUUGUCAUGUUUGGAGUCACCGCGGAUCGUGGAAUGCAUUGGAUCUUCCCUAGCAUCGGCGGCGCACUAUUCGCAUUUGGCCUCGGUGCAAAUGGAGACAUCACCUUUACAUUUGUUAUUGAUACUUAUCGAGAGCUGACUGCCGAAGCCUUUGUCGGUGUCGCAUUUGUUCGUAAUGCUGUCAGCGUAGGUGUCCCUUCGGCGCUUGUGCCCUGGAUGUCAAACAUGGGCCUUACCAAUAUGUACAUUCUGAGCGGGGUUAUUUCUCUUCUCAUCGGUCUUUUGUAUGUUCCUAUGAUCAUCUGGGGCAAGCGCAUUCGCACCAUUCUGGCUCCCCGAUACUUGCGACUUGUGGAGAGGCGCAUGCAGAUUUAG